AUGGCACCACAUGCUACACUUCCUUCAGAAGACGAUGCCUCCACCACCUAUUAUGUUCCUGAAAGUAGCCGCAAACACAUGCAGGGUUGGGAUACUGAAGUCCGGGGCAAUACCGAUAUCCUCGAAGCACAAGCUAGCAAGCAAUUCGGCGACUGGCGCGAUGAUUUCUUCAGGCACGGCUAUGCCUUGGUGAAGCAGGCCGUUCCCAGUGAACGUGCUCUGGGAUAUCAAAAGCAGGCCUUGGACUGGCUCACCAAGUUCGACAUGGGUUUGGACUACAAUGACCCCUCGACGUGGAAUGCGGAACACUUGCCUGUCAUGAUGAAUGCAGGCAUGGUCUUGAACUACUGUGCUGCCCAUGAGAAGUGGGUAUGGGAUGUUCGAUGUGAGGAAGGUGUCAUCGAGCCCUUCACUCAACUGUGGCAGACAGAAGAGCUCUUAGUGUCCUUCGAUGCUGUCAACAUUACCUUGCCAGGUCGCAAAGAUGUCAAAUGGAGCCCGUGGCCCCAUGUAGACCAAUCCCCCACGCGUCUCGGCCUCGCCUGUGCUCAGGGGGUUGUUCUGCUCUCCAAUGCAGGUCCUAAGGAUGGCGGCUUGAUCGUCAUGCGUGGCAGUGCUUCUCUAUUUGAACAAUACUUCAAGGAGAAUCCACCUACGGAGAAGCCUGCUGAUGCUCCUGGCCAAUUUGACUGGUAUGGCUUUAAGACGGAAGAGUUGAAGUGGUUCGAGAAGCACGGCUGUGAGAUGAUCAAGAUCGAGGCCGAGGCUGGAGAUAUGAUCAUCUGGGAUUCGCGGACCAUCCACCAUGCUGCGCUUCCCGAAAGCAACCAGAUUCGCACCGUCGUAUAUGCUGCUUACACCCCGCGGGCAUUGGCUUCCGAGAAAGACUUGGAACUGAAACAGCAAUGUUUCAAGAAGUGGGAGGGCACCACUCACUGGCCUCACUGCAACAUCUUUCCUCAGGGAAAGGCAUAUAGAAACGGCGAGAUCUGUCCACAUGAGCGCGACGAGCCUUUGCAGAAGCCCGAGCUCACCGACAAGCUGCUGAAGCUGGCGGGCAUCAAAGCGUAUUGA